AUGAUAACUGAUAAGGAAUUGUGCGCUGAUUUUAAAAACCAUCAUCGUAAAAGAUUAGCUCCUAAACGAUAUGAUUGUAAUGCCACAACCCAAGCUGAAUUCACAAUGCAUCUAUUUUAUAGAAAAGAAUUUAAAAUGGUUCUAGAUACCCUAUUAAAACUAACAAAUGAUAAUUUAAAAUCAUGUAUUUCUUCUAUUCAACCAUUAUUUACUCAACCAUUUAAUAAAAGCAAUAUUCCUUUUUGUUUGUUCCCACCAAGCAGUGUAGGUGCUUACCUUCUAGAUUAUGAUUUAGUUCAAACAGAAUUAGAAAUAUUAUUUAGUAUGUUACAAGAAGAUAGAACAUUACCAUUUAAUUCUUUAAUGGAAAAAGCAGAAGAAGUAAAGCAUAUUUUACCAUGUGCUAAUCAAAUUUUUCGUUUAGCAUUGACUUCUUUUGUAACAGUCGCAUCAAACGAAAGAUCUUUUAGUAAACUAAAAUUGAUUAAAACAUAUCUUAGGUCAACAAUUUCUGAUGAGAGAUUAAACUCUUUAAUUGUAUUGGGAGUAGAAAAAGAUAUUGUUGACCUAUUGGAUAUAAAUAAAAUAGCACAUCAAUGGUCAAUUUUAAAAACCGACGUAUAUAAAUUUAGUGUUAAGUUUAUUAUAAUAUUUUUUUGUUGA